AUGGAGGCACCUGCCAGCAGACUGCUUCCGCCGCUACUGCUGCUGCUGCUGCUGCAACUGCGAGACGCCGCUCCAGGACCCCUUCUCAGGUCCAGCAGGUGGCACGGUGACGUCACAGACGGCGCACUCCGGGCGGAAGAGGCGGAGCUUGAUGGGGACCUCGCCAGGGGAUUGGAGAGCGGCGAUGGCGGAAGCCACUGGACAAUAGUGCACGACAAACUGGUGGCUCCGGAGCCGUUUCCAGAGGAAGACGACGCCGAGGAGCAGUACAGCCCUCCAUCCAACGGAACUGACGCCGGACUCUAUAACGAGGGGUUCUACGAGGGAGACGUCCUCCUGAAACCAGAGGUGAAGAACGCCGUCUCUGACCCAGCACUGCUGUGGCCUCACGGUGCGAUUGUCUACAAAACGGACGAGCAAAUCGGUUGCCCAGAGUCUGCACAGUGCGAAAUCCUGAUGAAGGCCAUCGAGCACUACCACCGCAACACGUGCAUCCGCUUCAAGCAGUGGUCGGGCGAGGCCAACUACGUGAGGCUCUUCUUCAACCCGGAGAGCGGCGCCUGCUGGUCCCCCGUGGGUCGCCAGGGCGGCGAGCAGCUGCUGUCUCUGGGUGAGAGGUGCUGGUACCUAGGAAUUGUCAUCCACGAACUGGGACACGCCGUCGGCUUUUGGCACGAGAUGAACCGCCCUGACCGGGAUGACUGGAUAAACAUUUUCUGGCACAAUAUUCUUCCUGGGUUUGGUGCUGCUUUCGCGAAGCACGCUAAUGAGUCAGUCGACACACUGGGAGAGCAAUUUGACUACAAGUCCAUCAUGAUGUAUGGAGAAUAUGCAUUUUCAAAGGACAAUGUUUCACCAACAAUUGCACCAAAAGUGGCUGGAACUGUCAUUGGACCAAUAUGGAAAAAGAGUCGCCUCAGUGACAGUGACUUACGAAGGAUCCACAAGCUAUACCGCUGCAAUGGACACCAUGUGAAAUCCGGCUUCCCUUACGACAUUCAGUGUAACUUCAACCAAGAUGCAUGUGGUUUUAAUAACGCAGGCUCAGCUGCUUGGGAGCAGCAAAGUGUCAAUGCAACAGAUGGAUAUGUGUACUCUUCAAGCACCUCACCUGGUCACUUGAUGUCGAUCAACUUCCAUCCAUUGUCAGAAUCAGACCCCCGUGGUCCCAUUGGUUGUGUACGCUUCUGGUACAAUGUUCCUCGGAAUGGAUACCUCAAGCUCUAUCAAAUAUAUAUGCGACGUGUCACACAGUUAACAAGUGGAAUGGUGAAGCAGGUUCUUCUGUGGGAAAGUGAUACUCGUACAACCACCGCUGAAUGGGUACAUGUUGAGGUUCCCCUUUAUGUCACAAGGAGCUUCAGACUGAUCUUCACAUCAUUGAGCAAUGGACAAAAUCCUGUUGCCAUGGAUCAGUUUGAAUUGCACUACAGCCGAUGCAGUACUUUUCAGUCAAUUAAUAGAAAAUAUUCAGAAAAAAAGAGUAGCUUUAAGAAUACAGUUCUAUCUCACAGCCCACCAACAAAAACACCAACACAUAAUCUGAAACCAAAAAUUUCUAUCAUUUUUACACAAAAACCCUUAAUCUUUUCAGGUAAAAGCUCAAUAAUUCCCACUGUAAAAGCCCCAUCAAUAAUCAAAACACUUCAAUCAUUAAAUAUCAAAACAUCAUGAAGAAUAAAAGGUAUUUACAGGGCAAACCUUUUAUAGACAUGUUACAAAACAUGUUGAAGAACAUCUAAUUGAACAGAAAUUUUUGGUGAGCUGUGAUAAAUACAUAGGGUGUGAUAGGUUUCCAAACAAAAAUGUGUAUCACUAACACAGUCCUCUGAAGCGUGCUCCAGAAAUUUGAUGUGGUAGUUGCUUCGGCAAGUGAAGUAACUACAUUACUUGGUUAUGAGAUACAAUGCUUAAGACAUUAAAAAUGAAAGUAAAAUUGCCAUAACUAUCCAACUGCAACACAUGUGGAUACAGCAGAAGAUACCUGCCACUAUAAUCCUGUAGGCAGAGAGCUUCUCACAUUUUUAGCUUAUCGGUGAUUGUCAUUGUUGCAUUGUAUGACUAUAUUAGUUAUGAAAUUCACAAUGAUGUUAAAUUCUUGAACUGUAACUAUAUAAACUUCAUUCUGCAGAAAUAGAUUACAAAUUGUGACUACUCAAAAAAAUCUCAUAGUCUGCUGAAGACACAUUGCAGGAAAGUACCUGAUUUCAUUGUUGUAUACCAGAAUUUGGUUGUUAUUUUAAUGUAUGUAAAAACACGA